CCUCGUAGCUCUCUGUGUUCAAAAGAAGACGUUAGCUAGCUCUCGCGGUCAUUCUUUCCUCCAGGCUCCAUAGCUGCAGCAGAGACGCCCCCCCACGCCACGAUCCACGGCGACGUCAUCAUGUCCGUCGUCCCGUCCUACGACCGCACCGACGAGCUCCGCGCGCUGGACGCAACCCUCGCCGGCGUUCGCGGCCUUGUUGCUUCUGGCGUGAAGCAGGUGCCUCGCAUCUUCCGCGUUCCCUACCCUGAGGAGCCACUCCAACAUGCGCAACAACUGCCAGCGGCGGCAGCGACUGUCCCGAUGAUCAACCUCACCGGCGAUCGCGCGGCAGUGGUGGACGCCGUCCGUAGGGCGGCGGCGGAGUGGGGGUUCUUCCAGGUCACGGGCCACGGAGUGCCCGAGCCGGUGAUGUCUGCAGCGGUGGCGGCUGUUCGCGCGUUCCACGAAGCCGACAGCGGGGAGGGCAGCGACAAGGCGCGGCUCUACUCGCGGGAGCCCUGGAAGGCGGUCAAGUACAACUGCAACUUUGACCUGUACCAGUCGCCGGUAGCCAAAUGGCGCGACACGCUCUACCUGCGCAUGGCACCCGACCCUCCCGCCGCCGACGACCUUCCGGAGAUUUGCCGAGAUGCAAUGCUUGAGUAUGCCAAACAAGUGAAGGAUUUGGGAGACAAGUUAUUCGAGCUGCUCUCCGAGUCGCUUGGGCUCAAACUGAGCUACUUGACAGAUAUAGAAUGCAACCAGGGACAGUUUAUAGUUGGGCACUACUACCCUCCAUGCCCCCAGCCUGAACUCGCCAUUGGGACAAGCCGGCAUUCAGACUCCGGCUUCCUGACUAUACUAGUGCAGGACGAAGUUGGUGGCCUUCAGAUCCUCCAUGACGACCGGUGGUUCGAUGUUACACCGACACCUGGAGCAUUCAUUGUCAACAUAGGUGAUCUCCUGCAGUUGAUCUCUAAUGACAAGUUUAGCAGCAUCGAGCAUAGAGUGGUAGCAAAGAAUGUUGAACCAAGAGUUUCUAUUGCGUUCAUUUUCAACACUAGUUCCCAUCCAGCUUCGACAAGAAUGUAUGGUCCAAUCAAGGAGCUGCUGUCCGAGGAGAAUCCUCCUUUGUACAGGGAAACCCUCGUCAGAGAGUAUUAUGCUCGUUACCACUCUAUUGGCUUGGAUGGCAAGCACAAGACUGCUCUAGCUAAUUUCAGGUUGUGAAUUCUGAAUGAGAAUAUUACCUUUUUAUUUACCAGCAAGAUGCAAAUGUUGGGACAAUCUGUAUCAUGUAAUAAUACCAAAGAGAAGAUUAGUAACUGCUCGUAACAUUCCCUAAUAAUUAAUGUAUAUUUAUGCCUGAUCGCCACAACAGAGAUACACGUGAUUGUAUAUUUAUCCUGGACGUAUAUUUGUGUAACAUAUAAUAAGAUGUU